UUCCCCUGCUUUUAAGGUCUCGCCGUCGUUGGAUGCGACAGAGUUGUUCUUUAUUUUAUGAUUUCAGCAGAAGAAUAGUGGUGGCUGCAUUAAAGUAAGAAGCUUUUACUGCAGACGAAGAGGAUUUUCUAGGCAUUUAAGCUCUCUCUCUCUGCUUGAUUUUCUCCAAUCUUUUGCACGAAAGAGACAAGUCUCCGAACAAGAAGAAGAAAAAAACAAAACAAAACAAUGUUGUCACAGAAGCAAGCAGAAGAAGCAAUAGUGUCCAAAGAGACGGGCCAUGAAACCAGAGAAGAAGAAAACGAAGACGAGUCACAACAAUCAAUGUUCAGCAUCAAGAGCAUCCUAUGGCACGGCGGCUCCGCCUGGGAUGCCUGGUUCAGCUGCGCCUCAAAUCAAGUCGCGCAAGUGCUGUUGACACUGCCCUAUUCCUUCUCUCAGUUGGGCAUGCUAUCAGGGAUUCUACUUCAGGUAUUUUAUGGGCUAAUGGGAAGUUGGACUGCAUAUCUCAUAAGUGUGCUCUAUGUAGAGUUUAGAAGCCGGAAGGAGAAAGAGAAUGUCAGCUUCAAAAACCAUGUCAUCCAGUGGUUUGAAGUACUUGAUGGGUUGCUGGGACCAUACUGGAAGGCAGCUGGACUUGCUUUCAAUUGUACUUUCCUCUUAUUCGGAUCUGUCAUACAACUCAUUGCUUGUGCAAGCAAUAUUUACUACAUCAAUGAUAAACUGGACAAGAGGACAUGGACCUAUAUUUUUGGAGCUUGCUGUGCCACCACAGUUUUCAUACCUUCCUUUCACAACUACCGGAUUUGGUCUUUUAUAGGUCUUGGAAUGACUACCUAUACGGCCUGGUACAUGGCCAUAGCUGCCCUUAUUCACGGCCAGGCUGAGGGCGUCACACACAGUGGUCCAACAAAGCUAGUCCUCUACUUCACCGGAGCUACCAACAUUCUCUACACCUUUGGCGGACAUGCCGUGACUGUGGAAAUCAUGCAUGCAAUGUGGAAGCCUCAAAAAUUCAAAUACAUAUACUUGUUGGCCACAUUAUACGUUUUUACAUUAACCAUUCCAUCCGCUUCUGCCGUCUACUGGGCGUUCGGGGACCAGCUUCUCAACCAUUCCAAUGCCUUCUCUCUCCUCCCCAAAACCGCCUUCCGUGACGCUGCUGUUAUCCUAAUGCUCAUUCACCAGUUCAUAACAUUCGGAUUCGCUUGUACUCCAUUGUACUUCGUGUGGGAGAAAGUGAUAGGGAUGCAUGACACCAAAAGCAUUUGUUUGAGGGCACUGGCUAGGCUGCCUGUGGUGAUUCCAAUCUGGUUCUUGGCCAUAAUCUUCCCAUUCUUCGGGCCGAUAAACUCCGCCGUCGGUGCUCUUUUGGUUAGUUUCACCGUCUACAUCAUCCCGGCUUUAGCCCAUAUGAUCACCUACAGAACAGCCUCUGCUCGUCAGAGUGCAGCAGAGAAGCCACCAUUCUUCUUGCCAAGCUGGACCGCGAUGUACGCGGUAAACGCGGUGAUCGUGGUGUGGGUUCUGGUGAUUGGAUUCGGGUUCGGUGGAUGGGCUAGCAUGACCAAUUUCAUCAGGCAAAUCGACACAUUCGGGUUGUUUGCAAAGUGCUAUCAGUGCAAGGCUCCACCAGCAGCAGGUGCAGUGCACCACUGAGCUGUAAUUUGGAUUCCCCUGUUUCUUGUAUCAUACAUUGGGAGAUUGCAAAAUCUCCCCCUACAUGUGAUGUGUGCUAGAUUUUGCA